AUGUUGGAAAGUCUGCCAGUCCUGACAAUUGCAGGAAGUGAUUCCAGCGGAGGGGCAGGUAUACAGGCAGACCUGAAAACAUUCACUGUUCACGGAUGCUAUGGUGCAAGCGUGACUACUGCCCUGACUGCUCAGAACACCACGGGCGUGCAAGCAGUGUACGGAGUGCCUCCUGACUUCGUGAAGCAGCAGAUAAACUCGGUCCUAGACGAUAUAAACGUCAAGGCGAUCAAGACUGGUAUGCUUUUUGAUACAGAGAACACUAAAGCAGUCGUGCAGGUACUCAAGGGGCAAUUUGAUUCCAAGGGGCACAUUCCUGUGGUCUGCGAUCCUGUCUGUGUUUCCACCUCCGGUCAUGCCCUCUUGCACCCAGAUGCCGUGGAUACCAUUAUAGACGAACUAUUCCCCCUUUCGGAUAUCAUAACCCCAAAUAAAGCAGAAGCGGAACUCCUCCUCAAACAGCGCAAUCUCCCGUCUCGCAUUGCAAACGUACAAGACAUGAUCAAUGCUGCUCGACAGUUGAUGACACUCGGUCCUAAAGCUGUGCUCUUGAAAGGCGGUCAUUGCGUCGUUUCGCUGGGAGAUCUCGCGAAUGUUUCUUUGGACGACGCGCAGGUGAUUCGAGAUGAUCUUCUGGACGAGAACUUGAAUAUCCUCCGGAUUCAUGGAAGGGAAGAACAACACGUAGACUCACUCGUAGUAGAUGUGCUUUGUGCAUCUGAUGGCCAGAUCACUAUAUUUGCUAGGACUAGACUACAAUCAACAAGUACCCAUGGCACUGGUUGUACGCUGAGUGCUGCGUUGGUCUGUCAACUUGCGAGGGGUAUACCGCUGAGUGAAGCUGUAAGGCUUGCGGCUGCUUACACCCAUAUUGGAAUUGAGACCGCUAUCCCGAUUGGGAGUGGCUUUGGUCCUCUGAACCAUAUUCAUUCGAUUACUCCGCGUCUUGUCUCACCGCGAACCAAGACGAACCCGUACCCACUCACAAGUUCCCUUAUACGGAAUUCAAGGGUAAUUUGGAAAGAGUACAUCCAACACGAGUUCGUUGUACUACUGGGCAAGGGUACCCUUCCGAAGGAAAACUUCAUCCAUUUUAUCAAACAAGAUUAUCAUUAUCUCAAAUAUUAUGCUCGGGCGUAUGCACUCCUUGCAGCCAAGUCACAUGCCUAUGUACCCAUAUCGGCAGCUAUCGAUGUGGUUUUUAGCAUAGUGCAAGAGAGCUCAAUGCAUGUGGGUUAUUGCGCUGAGUGGGGUAUCACAGAGGACGAAUUGAACAACACCCCUGAGUCUCCCAGCCUGACGGCUUACGGGGCUUUCCUCAUUGAUACCGGAAUGCAGGGUGAUCCCAUGAAACUCAUCGUCGCUCUUGCCGCCUGCCUGCUUGGUUACGGAGAAGUCGGCUUGUGGCUCAAGGAAGAGGCUCGGGCGCCCGACUCGUGGGUUCGAUGGGAGGGGAAUCCAUACCUCAAGUGGAUGGAGGACUACUCAGGCGACGUCUAUCAGAAGGCAGUGAAAGCUGGACUAGAGACGCUUGAAAACCGUGCAGCGGCCGAUGCACCUUCACUUAGUAGGUUUGCGGAUUGGCAAGAUGUUUGGGAACGGUGUACGCGAUUGGAGAAGGGUUUCUGGGACAUGGCGAUGAGGCUUGAAAUUUGA